CGUACCCUAUCCUUCCGUGACACACACACAGCGAGAGAGAGAGAGAGAGAGAAUGGCAUCAGUAGUUCUGAGCCCAUCCAUGCCGCUGCAAAAGCCUUGGCGGAAAGUUUUCACUUGGGAGCGAAGCAAUAAUUCUAGAACGUUAAGGGCGAGUCUGGCCGACGGUGCUGCCCUGCUUAAUGCAGCCACGUACACAGUGGAUACUUACAUCAGAAGUGGAAUGGUGGUUGGAUUAGGAUCUGGUCGUGCUUCUGGUUUGGCAAUAGAAUAUUUGGGCCGACAACUUAAAGAUGGAGCUUUAAAAGAUAUAGUAGGGAUACCCAUCUGCAGGUCUGUUUUUAGCGGGAGUGAAGCUGUGAAGGCAGGAAUCCCAUUAAAUCAAUACCAAGAAAGUUCUCAAAUUGAUUUUGCAUUUAAUGAUGCUGAUAUCAUGGAACGGGGGACACUUAUUGCCAUCAUUGGUCGCCGGAAAUGGCAAGAUGGUGAGUCCAUAAUCCAAGAGAAGUCCAUUGUACAGGGAGCUGGUAGGCUUGCAUUCAUUGUUACUGAAAGGCAAUACACAGGACAUAUAGAUGGUUCUGUUCCAGUCCUGGUUCAUACUUAUAACUGGAUGCAAACUGCGGAAGAAAUUGAAGACCUGUUUCUAGGAGAUGCAGAGGUGUGGAGGAGACCAGCUUUGGGACAUGCUGAUCCACUGGGAGGUGACUUCCCUUUGAUUACCAGAGACGGACAUAAUGUUCUUGAUCUCAUCUUCACUUCUCCCAUAUUGAAUCCAGCUGACGUGGCAGAAAGGCUAGAUAAAAUUGAUGGCGUUGUGGACCAUGGAAUUGUAUCCGGAAUGCCCUGCACAGCAAUAAUUGCUUCAGAGUAUGGGUUGCGGAUUGUUGAUAAUUUGCCAAAGAAAACAAGCAGGGGAUUGUAAUUUUCAUGUUGGCCAAGGCUAAUAUGAUUGAUCUAAAUAUUGGCUCUCUUCAGAAAUCAGGGAACCUGAUCUAGCAGGAGCCGGUGGAGUUUUUAGAGAUUAUAAGGGUUAUCUUUGUGGCUGUUUUUCUCGCUUCAUCGGCUGGGGAAAUAAUUUUUAUGCAGAAUUUUCCGCCCUUUGUAUAGGGCUCGAGUUGGCUCUUUUAAAAGCAAUGGAGGUUCCAAAAAUCCUUCCUCUCUUCGAUUACUUGGAAAAUUUUCCAUUGCUAUAGAGAAAGUAAUUUCGUUGUAAAUAUUUUAGCAAAAAUCGUGGCAUCUUCAAGAUGGUUAGAAACUUGGGAUGAUUAUCUUCUAAUCAUGGAAGACCCAAAUUCAGAUUUGUUGAUCUUUGAUUGGUUUUCUCCUUGUGAUGGCAUUGCCGAAGGUGAGGUGAUAGGCAUGGAUCCUUAGUUUAGAGUCUUUCUUGUUUUGUG